AUGGUCCUCAAAGGAAUUUCCCCGGUCAUAUCGCCCGAUCUCCUGAAGAUCCUGGCAGAAAUGGGCCAUGGCGAUGAGAUCGUGCUGGCCGACGCCCACUUCCCCUCGCACUCCAUCUGCCCGCCCAACAUCCCCGUGAUCCGCGCCGAUGGCAUCACGGUCUCGGCCCUCCUGGCCGGCAUCGCCCCGCUCUUCGAGCUGGACACGUACGGCGUCGUGCCGGUCAUCAUGAUGGAGGUCGUGCCCGGCGACACGGCGGACGCCAGCGUCGAGGGGGACUUCCGCGCCGCGCUGCAGUACGAGUCCGGCCCCGUCGAGCGCCUCGAGCGCUUCGCCUUCUACGAGCGUGCCCGCAAGGCGUUCGCCGUCGUGGCUACGGGCGAGACGCGCAAGUAUGGCAACGUGAUCCUCAAGAAGGGCGUCAUUCCUAUUCCAUGA